CUCCGGACCGAUUGGACGCGUUUGAGCGUUUUGGGUUAGCAUAAAAACGUGAUUAUUUUACACUCGGGGCUACGCGUGCGCGUCUCAGCAAAGUCAAAAGUGUAAAGACAAACGCAAAGGCAAAAGCCAAAAGCUAAACGCAAACACAAAGUAACAACUUCGACGGUCGAAAUUACCGGUUUUUCGCCAACAAUCGUCGCUCUCUGUGAAUUUUUGCGCGCGGUCUUUUCCUUUGCCAGCUCUUUUCCGUAAAGUGCGUUGGCUUUUCCCAACAACCAAACAGCCAACCACCCCCUUUUGAGCGUCCCUUUGCCGUGAAAAUACCUAGCUAGGUUAUAGUCUGUUUACUAUAUAUAUAUAUAUCUCGAAUUUCCCGGAAUCAAAAUAGUUAAAAUUAGUUGAAAACAGUGCUAAAGUGAGAACAGCCAGGCACACACACUGGCCAGUGCUAAUUAUAAUUUAUAUAUAUUGUGUUAAUAAUACAAACACAAGGUGCAAAAAAGGAAAACACGGAUGCGCGAAUUUAAAUGCCAUAUUAUAAAUAUUUAACAAUGCAGCCGUGCAGCUAAAGCGGAUUAUUAUUGGCCACCGACGCGUGGAAAUUCCGAGGCAGAGCAAACAAAGGCCUAUCGUGGGCAUCGCAUCAACUUGAGGAAAUACAGAUGGCCACGCCCACACAACCGCCCACCGAUGAUAAUUGAAUAGGAACAUUAAUUGCACUGUGGUUUGUUGGUUCCCGCACCACACCCACACACAUACACACACUCGGCACACCCAAGCACAUACGGAGAGAGACCGUAACACACACACAAACACAACGACCAAAAUCAGGCCACGUGGUUGAGCCAUGCAGACGAGGGAGUUUCCUCGAAGGCCCCUGGGCCUGCUUCUUGUGCUCCUUGUGGUCCUGCUGCAAUCAUCGCUCAUCAAGAGCUACCUGAUUAUCGUGCACGAGGACACUCCUCCAGGCACUGUAAUCUUCAACGCCUCCGUCUAUAAAUUGGGUUCGGAGCGGCAUUACAAGAUCAAUGCCCACAAAUCGGCUAACUUUGUACACCAUCUGGUCUCCGUUAGCCACAAGGAUGGUCAGAUUCAGCUGAAGAAGGCCCUCAAAUGCGAUGGCAUCUACUAUCCAAAUCUAUUCACCUUCUAUGUGGACUCCACUUCAAAUCGACUGCGUAGCAUAGAUUAUUAUAGCCUGCCUGUAAGGAUCUUUGUCUCCGGACACAGUUGCAAUGAAGAUAGAAGAAUAGAGCAGGAACUGCACCACCAUCACUACGAAGAGGAGGACAAUACGGGUUAUUCGAAACGUAGAAGAAGGCGAUCCACCCAGGAGAUAAUCCAACUAAAUGGCAACCAGUUGGAGGAGGAUUUCCGUCGUAAUAGUACGGAAUUCCGAGCUGGAGAUCUUAUCUUCGGAGAUAGUUUCGACAAUGAGAUGAGACACAGGAUAUUGAAUCGAAAAAGAAGAGCCGUGGGAUCACCGGAUCCGCUGCAUCUGCAACCCGCCCUGCAUCGCCGGAUUUCCGAUGCCAAACAGUGGAUCUCGGAAACAUAUGCCUCUUAUGCCAUUCACACCACGGAUAAGUGGAACCAGAUCUGCUUGCGGCGUUCACAGUUCAUCAACAGCUUGAAUGCCUUCUUGCCCCGAUCUGUAUGCCAGCACUGUAAAGUGAGUUUCCUGGAUGUGAACGAUGAGCGUUUCGCCAUCGAGCACCAGAGCAGAGAUCUUGUGGCCAGCAGGGAUGUCUGCAUCGCAGAGUCCAUGUGGAAAGUGAGCAUUACUUUCAACAUCCGGUGUGAUCGACGUGAUAUCGUAGAUUCAGACCACCGGCUAAAAAUCGUGUACCACCACCAGGAGUUUAAUGACACGGAUAUUGCCAAGAGAGUGCGAAGGGAAUUGCGCAAUCAAUCACCUUACUUUGAGCAAGCUCUUUAUGUGGCCUCCGUGUUGGAAGAGCAACCGGCUGGUUCUGCAGUGACUACUGUACGGGCACGAGAUCCCGAAGAUUCUCCUGUGGUUUAUUCCAUGGUCUCUCUGCUGGACUCCCGCUCCCAGUCGCUAUUCAAAGUGGAUUCAAGAACUGGCGUCGUCACUACCUCUGCCAGCCUGGACCGUGAGCUGAUGGAUGUGCAUUACUUUCGAGUGGUGGCCACAGAUGACAGUUUUCCACCGCGAUCCGGUACGACGACGUUGCAGGUGAACGUUCUGGACUGCAAUGAUCAUAGUCCCUCCUUUGAAGCGGAACAGUUCGAGGCGAGUAUCCGAGAAGGAGCCACUGUGGGGUCGACGGUUAUUACAUUACGAGCUACCGAUCAGGAUAUUGGCAAAAAUGCAGAAAUCGAAUAUGGAAUAGAGGCAGUGACUGAUGGCGCGGGAUUGGCUCAGGAUCAAGAGAUGCCUAUCUUCCGGAUCGACUCCCGCUCAGGUGUGAUCUCGACGAGGAGUAGCCUGGAUCGGGAGACAUCGGAUAGCUACCACCUGUUAGUAACAGCUGCGGACAUGGCUUCAGCACAGAGUGAAAGACGGACAGCCACUGCUAGCGUACAGGUGAAAGUCCUCGAUGACAACGACAAUUAUCCGCAGUUCAGUGAAAGGACGUACACGGUCCAAGUUCCUGAAGACCAGUGGGGAGGUACUGAAGAUAACACGGUGGCUCACAUCCGGGCAACGGACGCGGAUCAAGGCAAUAAUGCCGCUAUACGAUAUGCAAUAAUUGGAGGGAAUACGCAGUCACAGUUCUCCAUCGACUCAAUGUCCGGUGAUGUGAGUCUGGUGAAGCCACUGGACUACGAAAGUGUACGCAGUUAUAGACUUGUAAUUCGCGCCCAGGAUGGAGGUAGUCCCUCAAGGAGUAAUACAACCCAGCUCCUAGUGAACGUUAUCGAUGCGAAUGACAAUGCUCCGAGGUUCUAUACCUCACAGUUCCAGGAGAGCGUACUCGAGAAUGUCCCUGUGGGCUACAACAUCAUAAGGGUGCAGGCCUACGACUCCGAUGAAGGAGCCAAUGCAGAGAUUACAUACAGUAUUUCAGAGAGGGAUGACAACUUUCCCCUGGCAGUGGAUCCUCGAACUGGUUGGGUUCAGACCAUUAAGCCACUGGAUCGCGAAGAGCAAGGACGUUUUGCCUUCCAGGUGGUAGCCAAAGAUGGAGGUGUGCCCCCCAAAUCCGCAAGUUCCUCAGUGGUGAUCACCGUGCAGGAUGUCAACGACAACGAUCCCGCUUUUAAUCCAAAGUACUACGAGGCAAACGUUGGGGAAGAUCAACCACCGGGAACUCCAGUUACGACAGUGACAGCCACCGAUCCCGAUGAAGAUUCCCGCUUGCACUACGAGAUUACUACGGGGAACACAAGAGGACGGUUUGCGAUCACCUCUCAAAAUGGUCGAGGUCUGAUUACCAUCGCCCAGUCGCUGGAUUACAAACAGGAGAAGCGUUUCCUGCUCACAGUGGCAGCCACCGAUUCAGGUGGUCGUUCUGAUACUGCCACCGUCCAUAUCAACAUUACGGAUGCCAAUAACUUUGCCCCCAUCUUCGAGAAUGCACCCUAUAGCGCUUCGGUGUUUGAAGAUGCCCCUGUGGGUACUACGGUCCUCGUGGUAUCCGCCACCGAUAGUGAUGUAGGAGUUAAUGCACAGAUCACUUACUCCCUGAAUGAAGAGAGCAUCAACGGCUUGGGUAGUCCGGAUCCAUUUUCGAUCAAUCCCCAGACAGGUGCCAUUGUAACAAACGCCCCUUUGGAUCGAGAGACUACCAGUGGAUACCUACUUACCGUGACCGCCAAGGAUGGAGGUAAUCCUUCUUUGAGUGACACAACCGAUGUGGAAAUAGGAGUGACCGAUGUAAAUGAUAAUGCACCUGCUUUUAAGAGUCCGCUGUACCAGGCUUCUAUUUUGGAGGAUGCCCUUGUGGGAACUUCAGUGAUCCAAGUGGCAGCCAGUGAUCCAGAUGUGGGGCUUAAUGGGCGCAUCAAAUACCUGUUGAGUGACCGCGACGUAGAGGACGGGUCCUUUGUGAUCGAUCCCACUUCGGGAACUAUUCGAACCAAUAAGGGAUUGGACAGAGAAAGUGUAGCUGUCUUUCAUUUGACCGCUAUUGCCCUAGACAAGGGCUCACCCCCACUUUCCAGUACCGUUGAGGUUCAGAUCCGAUUAGAGGAUGUUAAUGAUUCACCACCAACUUUCGCUUCAGACAAAAUCACACUCUAUGUGCCGGAAAACUCGCCGGUGGGCUCUGUAGUGGGUGAGAUUCACGCCCACGAUCCCGACGAAGGUGUCAAUGCAGUGGUACACUACUCGAUUAUCGGUGGUGAUGACUCCAAUGCUUUCUCUUUGGUAACUCGACCUGGUUCUGAGCGCGCCCAACUGCUCACCAUGACGGAACUGGACUAUGAAUCAACACGAAAGCGGUUCGAGUUGGUAGUUAGGGCAGCCAGUCCUCCACUGCGUAACGAUGCCCAUAUCGAAAUCUUAGUCACGGAUGUAAAUGAUAAUGCUCCAGUAUUACGGGACUUCCAGGUGAUAUUCAAUAAUUUCCGCGAUCACUUCCCCAGUGGCGAGAUCGGAAGAAUACCAGCCUUUGAUGCGGAUGUCAGCGAUAAGCUACAUUACAGGAUACUGUCGGGUAACAAUGCCAACCUACUACGCCUCAACAGCAGCUCGGGAGGAUUGGUUCUUAGUCCCCAGCUGAACACCAAUGUACCCAAGUUCGCCACCAUGGAGGUAUCUGUAUCGGAUGGAAUCAACGAGGCCAAGGCCAUCAUGCAGCUUUCGGUACGUCUGAUCACCGAGGACAUGCUCUUUAACUCGGUAACUGUGCGAUUGAAUGAGAUGACAGAGGAGGCUUUCCUAUCACCUCUGCUCAACUUUUUCUUGGAUGGAUUGGCUGCAAUAAUUCCCUGUCCCAAGGAGCACAUAUUUGUGUUUAGCAUUCAAGAUGAUACUGAUGUUAGUUCACGGAUAUUAAACGUCAGCUUCUCAGCACGCCGACCGGAUGUUUCCCAUGAGGAAUUCUACACACCGCAGUAUCUUCAAGAGCGAGUCUACUUGAAUAGAGCCAUCCUGGCCCGCUUGGCCACUGUGGAGGUCCUACCAUUCGAUGACAAUCUCUGCGUUCGUGAACCCUGCCUGAAUUUCGAAGAGUGCCUUACUGUCCUAAAGUUCGGCAAUGCCUCUGAGUUCAUUCACAGCGAUACAGUGCUCUUCAGGCCUAUUUAUCCAGUAAAUACCUUCGCCUGCUCCUGUCCAGAAGGCUUUACAGGCAGCAAGGAGCACUACCUUUGCGACACAGAGGUGGAUCUCUGCUAUUCGGAUCCCUGCCAGAAUGGAGGAACCUGUGUAAGGCGCGAAGGUGGCUACACCUGCGUUUGCCCAACUACUCAUACGGGACUGAAUUGUGAAACUGGAGUGGGUCAGCUCCGAUCUUGCCCUUCCGAUACAUGCGAGGGUGGACUGUCCUGCCUAAGCAAUUAUCCAAGCUCCCAACCCCCUCCUUAUACAUCAACCUGUGAGUUACGAGCCCGUGCCUUUGGACGCAACUCCUUCCUGACCUUUGAAAGUCUGAAACAAAGGCAUCGCUUUAAUCUUAAGCUCCGCUUUGCCACCGUUCAGGAGAAUGGAUUGCUCCUCUACAACGGAAGAUACAAUGAGUUACACGACUUCGUUGCUUUAGAGAUCCAUGAAGGACAUGUGAGCUUCUCCUUCUCUUUAGGAGAUCAUAGUGAAAGGGUAUCGGUGAUCCAAGAGGCUAAGGUAUCCGAUGGAAAAUGGCACCAGGUGGAGGUAGUGUAUCUAAACCGCAGUGUCACCUUGGUGCUGGAUAAUUGUGACACAGCCAUUGCUCUUUCGGGACAAUUGGGUGAUAGGUGGAACUGCGCUAAUCGUACUACUUUGAAAUUGGACAAAAGAUGUUCGUUGCUCACGGAGACUUGUCAUCGUUUCUUGGAUCUCACAGGACCCUUGCAAGUGGGUGGACUUCCUCGCAUUCCAGCCCACUUUCCAGUGGCUAAUCGUGAUUUUGUUGGAUGUAUCUCGGAUCUUCGUAUCGAUGAUCGAUUUAUUGAUCUCAACUCAUAUGUGGCAGAUAAUGGAACUUUGGCAGGUUGCCCUCAAAAGGCUCCUCUGUGUCAAUCUGAGCCCUGUUUCAAUGGUGGCACCUGCCAUGAAGGAUGGGGAACGUAUUCCUGUGAAUGUCCCGAAGGAUAUGCGGGAAAUAGCUGCCAGGAUAACAUACCUGCUCCUUGGCGCUUCUCCGGAGAUGGAAGUCUCAGCUUCAAUCCACUCCUGCGACCUAUUCAACUGCCAUGGACCACUUCCUUCUCACUACGAACGCGCCAGAAAGAGGCUUUCCUCAUCCAAAUUCAAAUAGGACAGAAUAGUUCAGCGGCGGUUUGCUUGAGGCAAGGUGUACUGUACUAUAUCUUCGAUGGAGAACCCAUGUAUUUGGCAGGAGCCUUUCUCUCAGAUGGUGAGUGGCAUAGAGUGGAAAUUCGCUGGCAGCAGGGCUCAGAAAUCCACUUCUCUGUGGACUACGGACAACGUUCUGGUUCAGUGCCCAUGUCACAAAAGGUUCAAGGCUUGUAUGUGGGUAAGAUAGUGAUGGGUAGCCCAGAUGGCAGCAUUGGAUCAGUUCCUGAAGCCUCUCCCUUUGAGGGUUGCAUCCAAGAUGUGCGUAUUGGUGCAGGUCAAUCGGUUCUAUCACGACCAACUAUUCGGGAGAACGUGGAAGACGGCUGCGAAUCACGUGCCCAAUGUCCAGAUCAUUGCCCCAAUCAUUCCUCUUGCGAAAGCACUUGGGAUCUGGCCACCUGUGAGUGUGACUCAGGAUUCGUGGGAGCAGACUGUUCUCCUAUCUGUACGGUGAGACCCUGUGCCUCUGGAGUCUGCAGGGCAAACACUACUUUAUCCCGUGGUUACGGAUGCGAAUGCAACAGCAGUUCCCGACAUGGGGAUUACUGUGAAAGGGAACUUCAACAACCAUGUCCCGGAGGGUGGUGGGGAGAGCGUGUAUGCGGCCCAUGUAGAUGCGAUUUGGCCCAAGGGUACCACCCAGACUGCAACAAAACUACUGGCCAGUGCUACUGCAAAACGAAUCAUUACCAACCGCCAAACGAGACCGCCUGCCUCUCCUGCGAUUGCUACUCCAUCGGAAGCUUUAGUGGAGCCUGCAACCCGCUGACAGGACAAUGCGAGUGCCGAGAGGGAGUGAUUGGGCGGAGAUGUGACUCCUGCUCAAAUCCCUAUGCAGAGGUUACCCUCAGUGGCUGCGAAGUGGUCUACGAUGCCUGUCCGCGAUCCUUUGCCGGUGGGGUCUGGUGGCCGCGUACUCCUCUAGGCGGAGUGGCCAUAGAGGGAUGUCCUGCGCCAGCUCGGGGAAAAGGGCAACGCAGCUGCGAUGCUCAAUCUGGAAGUUGGAACACUCCAGACAUGUACAACUGCACCUCGGAGCCAUUUGUUGAGCUGCGACGCCAGCUAUCCCAAUUGGAGAAACUCGAACUGGAGCUUAACUCUUUUGUGGCCAUCAAAAUGGCAGAGCAACUCAGGAAAUCUUGUGAGACGGUGGAUAGAAGGGGUGCCAGCAAGGAUCCGAAGACCCCAGGUAUUGGACGCCCUAAUAGACGCUACAAAAUGGAAUCAUCUUUCCUGCUGAGCAAUGGCGGAAAUGUCUGGUCGCAUGAACUCGAGAUGGACUAUCUGUCAGAUGAACUGAAGUUCACCCAUGAUCGUCUAUACGGCGCAGAUCUUUUGGUAACAGAGGGUCUUUUACAAGAGCUGAUUAACUACGAACUCAUGCAGAGCGGUCUGAAUUUAUCCCACAGUCAAGAUAAGUACUUCAUCAAGAACUUGGUGGAUGCAGCCAGUGUUAUUUUAGAUCGAAAAUACGAGUCGGAAUGGCGAAGGGCCACGGAACUUAUUCAGAGAGGACCGGACGAUCUGGUUGAUGCCUUUAACAAGUACCUUGUGGUCCUAGCUCGCUCGCAGCACGACACUUACACCAGUCCUUUUGAAAUCGUACAACCCAACAUGGCUCUGGGCUUGGAUAUAGUCACCACGGAAUCUCUAUUUGGCUAUGAGCCGGAGCAGCUGAGUGAAUACCACCGGAGCAAGUACCUCAAGCCAAAUGCCUUUACUACGGAGAGUGUGGUGCUGCCUGAUACCAGUGGCUUCUUGCAGCAUUCAGCCCGCCAGCGACCAGUGAUUAGUUUCCCUAAGUACAACAAUUACAUCUUGGAUCGCCGAAAGUUUGAUCAGCACACCAAGGUGCUGGUUCCACUGGAGAUGCUCGGAAUUACUCCCCCGGAAAGCAAUGAGGUAUCAAUGAGUGGACGAAGAGGUAGUCAUGACCACAGAGCGAUUGUGGCGUAUGCGCAGUACAAAGAUGUGGGUCAGCUGCUGCCCGAUCUUUAUGAUGAGACCAUAACCCGUCGUUGGGGAGUGGAUGUGGAAUUGGCUACACCUAUUCUCUCCCUCCAGAUUCUUGUACCAUCAAUGGAAAAAGAACAGGAAACCCAAAGAAUGGAGAUCCCAUCUAGGAAGAUCUCUUCAUCUUCAACGUCUUCAUCAGGAAGUACUGAGCAACAGUUUGUUGAGGUGUUCGAUGUACCAAAAGCACCCACUAGCAGUAGUGAACAACAGAUUGAGGAUAUUCGGAUAACAGCCCAUGAAAUUCCACCGCCGGUUUCAUCUGGAGAACAACUGGAGGCUUCAAGUAACGAAGAUGGCGACGAGAGGGAGCCACACAUUCGCCUGAACCUUGAUGACAUUGAGUUCCAUGGCAACUCCGGGGAGGAAAUCAUUUCUCCAGAUUCUCCUGAGGUGCUCAAUCCGAAUUAUGAAGGUGUUAGCUCCACAGGAAGUGCUGAGCAGCCAAAGGGUGAGAACGAAGCGGUUUACAGAGAUCGCCGUUUGGUCAAGAGACAGAUAGAGGUCACAUAUCCAUCAGAACAAAUGGAACAAUCGGAACAAGUGGUCUAUCGAUCCUUGGGUUCACCUCAUCUGGCUCAACCCAUAAAACUACAGAUGUGGCUAGAUGUGGAUUCCGCCCGUUUUGGACCUCGCUCUAACCCACAGUGCGUCCGCUGGAACUCUUUCACCAAUCAGUGGACCCGAUUGGGUUGCCAAACGGAGAUUCCCGACUUCGACGGAGAUUUCAAUCCGGCAGCACAGCAAGUGAUCCUGGUGAACUGCAGCUGCACCCAUAUUUCUAGCUAUGCGGUUAUUGUGGAUGUAAUUGAUCCGGAGGAUAUCCCGGAACCUUCACUCUUAGUGCAGAUUACCUCGUACUCUGCCUUUCUGGUCUCACUUCCUUUGCUGUUGGGAGUAUUGCUGGCUUUGGCCCUUCUACGUGGUCAACAGACAAACUCAAAUACCAUUCACCAGAACAUCGUACUUUGUGUCUUCUGCGCCGAGCUUCUUUUCUUCGUGGGAAUGCAAUCGCGUCGGCAGCUUUUGGAGAGCGAAUUCCCCUGCAAACUGACGGCCAUCUGCCUUCACUACUUCUGGUUGGCUGCUUUUGCUUGGACAACGGUGGACUGCGUCCAUCUGUACAGGAUGCUUACCGAGAUGCGGGACAUCAACCACGGACCCAUGGGAUUCUACUUUGCCAUGGGCUAUGGCGCUCCAGCCAUCGUCGUUGGACUCUCUGUGGGAGUUCGGGCUCAUGAGUAUGGCAAUAGCUUAUUCUGCUGGCUGUCUGUCUACGAGCCCGUGGUGUGGUGGCUGGUGGGUCCAAUUGCGGGCAUGUCGGUGGUGAACCUGCUCAUCCUGUUCGUCUCCGUGAAGGCCGCGUUUACCCUAAAGGAUCAUGUCCUCGGAUUUGGUAACUUACGAACUCUUCUCUGGCUGUCAGUGGUGUCGCUUCCUUUGAUGGGUGUCAUGUGGGUCCUGGCAGUGCUCGCCGCUUCGGAGCACUCCCAACUGCUGAGCCUAUUGCUCUCUGGCGUUGUGCUCCUACAUGCUCUCUUCUGCCUAAUUGGAUAUUGCAUCAUUAACAAGCGGGUCAGGGAGAACCUCCAACGCACCUGCCUGCGCUGCAUGGGCCGCAAAGUGCCCCUUUUGGAUUCCUCCAUGGUGGUCAGCAAUAGCUCUCAUAACGUAAAUGGAGCCGCAAGACCAAAUAACUUCCUGGCAGGUGGAUAUGACACCACUACCAGACGGAAUAUUGGCAUAAGCGCUAGUAGUACUACCUCGAGAAGUACUGCCAAGACAAGUUCGAGUCCAUAUAGCGAUGGACAGCUGAGACAGACCUCCACAUCGACGUCAAAUUACAAUUCAGCCAGCGAUGCUCCCAGUUUCUUAAGAGGCUUCGAAUCCUCCACAACCGGAAGGAGCAGAGGUGGUGAGGAGAAGCCAUCGCGUAGACAGAGAAAAGAUUCAGAUUCUGGUUCCGAAACAGACGGAAGAUCCCUGGAACUAGCCAGUAGUCACUCCAGCGAUGAUGACGAAUCUCGCACAGCGCGAUCAUCUGGAACACAUCGCAGCACAGCUGUAAGUUCAACACCCGCCUAUCUGCCCAACAUCACAGAGCACGUUCAAGCCACCACUCCGCCAGAACUGAAUGUCGUGCAGAGUCCUCAGCUCUUCCCGAGCGUCAGUAAACCAGUUUAUGCACCCCGUUGGUCCAGUCAGCUGCCAGAUGCGUAUCUCCAAUCGCCUCCGAAUAUUGGACGAUGGUCUCAGGACACGGGAUCCGAUAAUGAACAUGUUCAUGGUCAGGCUAAGAUGACCAUCUCGCCUAAUCCCCUGCCCAAUCCAGAUCUUACAGAUACCAGUUACCUGCAGCAGCACCAUAAUAAGAUAAAUAUGCCACCCUCGAUCCUGGAAAAUAUUCGAGAUGCCCGAGAUGGCUAUGAGGACAGUCUGUACGGGCGGAGGGGAGAGUAUCCGGAUAAGUAUGGCUCCUACAAGCCACCCAGUCACUAUGGCAGCGAAAAGGAUUAUCCCGGUGGAGGAAGUGGCUCUCAGACUAUUGGUCAUAUGAGAAGUUUCCACCCGGAUGCGGCGUAUUUGAGUGACAAUAUAUACGACAAGCAGCGAACACUGGGAAGUGGCUACUUGGGUGCCAAAUCAGAGUCACCUUACCUAUCCAAAGAUCGCAUUACACCGGAUAUCUAUGGGUCCAGAGACGGUCACUAUAGCCUUAAGAGGCAGCCGACGUAUGCAACGGAUUCCCUGCACUCAGUACACUCGCUGCUGAAAAAUGAUUACCACCAGCAACAGCAGCAGCAGCAGCAGCAGCAACAGCAUCAGCAACACCAUUUGCAGGAUAGACUGUCCGAGGGUUCGGAUAAGAAUGGCUAUCACUUUCCCUACACCGCCGAGGAGGACCACCUGCCCGCCAGAAAGCUUAGCCACACGCAACCGCCUUCGCUUCACGGAUCUCAGCUGAUGCAGCCACCUAGCAUGGGUCUUGUUAACGAUGUGAACAAUCCGGGCUUAAUAGGACGGCACCCCAUGAACGGAGGUUCCCGACACAGUUCCAGAGCCUCAUCACCGCCAUCCACUAUGGUGGCACCCAUGCAGCCGCUGGGGCCACUGACCAGCAUCACGGAUACUGACUCAGAGGCGGAAUAUUGAUGACGACGAGACCACAGUGUGACGACUGUCCCAGCAACAGCAACAGCAGCAGCAGCAGCAACAAUUGAAGCUGCAACAAAGGCAGAAGCAAAAGCAGAAACAGCAACAACAUCUGCAACAAUUGCAGCAACAACGCACCAAACAGCAAAAGCAAACGCAAUAUUUUGCCACCAUUAGACGCAAGCCGCAGUAUAGGGUUCACACGGAGGAUUGAGGUCCUUCGCUAAAAUCCAUAGCAUACUUUGUGGAGCACCUGCCAUAGGUCCAUGUCCAUCAUUGAAACUUUGUACAUACACGCACCCACUUAAUUUUACGUAAAUACAGCUUAGUAUACCCACAUUUUUUCGUACGAAUAUGAUGGGCAUAAUUAUUUAUACGAUCCCUUAGCAUUUACAUAAUUUAGAGCGCCAGUUUGCAUUUCGUUUGGAAAUUGCAUAAUUCGUAUGCACACACUGACAGACACACAGAAAUACUCAGCUUUAGCCUUGUGUAUCUAUUAUAAAUUACAAUAUAUAAUUAUGUAUUAAAACAAGAGUCAGACUGAUUUUAUGCAUUUUACGUUCUGCUAUUAAAUUUAAGCCCUACAUACACACACACACGCAUACAUACAUUCAUGCAUUUAGGUCCAAUUAACAUAUGUCCAGAUAUGUCCUAGUACCGAUAUAGAUUCGGAAUGAGAUAGAAGUGGAUAUAGGGGUCUCACUGCGUCAUUAGUUAGAGCAAACUGCAAGUAAACAAAGUCUAAGGUAGGAGAACGUUGUGUGCCUCGAGCUUAUUAUGCCAAAUUAGUUGAAGUCGAAAUGGGGAACUUGUAAAUGAAAAAUAAUCUGCGAAAAGUUUGCAAUUCAUUUGCCUAGCAUCCGCACACGUUGCCAUUUAUAGUUUUUGGGAGUUAGUUUUAAUUGAUAGCAUUUACUAACCGUACGAAACGUUGCGAAUGUACAAUAAAAACCGAAUACACACAAGAAAAUAAAACAGAAUUCAGGACACCCCAGCACGUAUUUAUGGGAAAUAUAGUAUAUAUAUAUAUAGAAAGAUACAAGCGCAGCAUCGACAUAUCCAGCAAUAUAUAUACUCGUUUACAUAUAUAUAUAUAAAUAUAUAUAUAUCUGUCUAUAAUAUCAAAUUCCUUGCUACAGGAAAGCUCGCUCAACAGUUUGAUCCCCGACUCAGCAAUAGCCACUCAUGUCCCUGAAAACUGUGUACAAUUUAUAAAUAAUUCAUAAGCGGAACUUACUGUAUUUUGAACUCCACUCAACUGCCACUCAUUGUGGCCUCUACGUAAGCUAUGAAUUGCGCUUGAAUGUGGCCCACAUUAUAUGAUAUUUAUGUGAAUUGACUUAUUUAAUUGUAAAUUAUACAAGUAUAUCAAUAUGAAUAAAUUGUGUAAAAUAUAUGGA